GAGAAUUUGUAAUCAUUUAAUUCACACCAUUUAUUCUUGGAAACUUACCUUUUUUUUUAUUAGCAAACAGCUUUCAUUCCACAACACCCAUUUCUUCUUGGAAACUUACUACUUCCAUACACCACGCACAGGAUUUAGCUUCACAAAUACCUGAAUCCAAGCCUGUUUCAGCCAACAUAAACCAAACAUCGAUACAAGUAACAAGCUAUAUUUGGUCUCACAUAGCGAUGGAUCAAAGGUUGUUUCAGGCAGCAUGGAAUGGGGAUGUUAAUCAUCUUCUUAAUGAGAUUCAGGCCAAUCCCUCUGUGCUUCAUGCUGCAGCACUGGAGGGAGGUGAAAAUCCGUUACACGUCGCUUGUUUAGCCGGACAUGUAAACUUUGUAGCAACAGUGGUCAAUCUGAGGCCACAACUUUGCUGGGAGCUUAACCAAGAUGGUUUUAGCCCUUUACACAUUGCAGCUUCUUGUGGGCAUGUUGAAAUUGUGAAGGUGCUUCUGCAAGUUCACCUUGAUUUGUGUUUGUUGGAAGGCAAAGACAGAAAAAUUCCUCUUCAUUUGAGUGUGGCCAAAGGUAAUGUUGAAGUUACAAAAUUGCUUUUGUCUAUUCUGGAAUCUGUGGAUUGCACAACAGCUCAAGGUGAGACUGUACUUCACUUAGCAGUUAAGUACAACCAGUUCAAAGUGUUUGAACAUCUAAUACAACAUCUCAAACAAGCCAACAAAGAAGAUCUUUUGAAUUCUAAGGAUCUUAAUGGCAAUACUUGCUUACAUCUUGCCGUCUAUAAGAAGCAGUAUCAGGUGGUUGACCUCAUGCUAAAUGGAGGGAUUAUCAGCAAGGAAAAGAUGGAGUUAAAUUCCUUAAACAAGAGUGGUUUGACUCCCCUUGAUACGUUACUAAUGUUUCAAAGUGAAAUCGGUGAUCGAGAGAUUCAUGAGAUUCUCGUUCAAUCAGGAGCUCUAAAGGCCAAAAGUCUGGAACAUACACAAGAACAAUCACCAAAUCUUCAUGAUACUAGACCUAACCACCAUAGGUCUCUCGCUAAAGAACUUUUAGACUACUUCAGUUACAAUAAAGUCAAUGAGACUCCUACAGAGGUUAGAAACACACUUCUUGUGAUACUUAUACUUGUCGCCGCUGCAACAUACCAAUCUGCACUUAGUCCUCCUGGAGGCACUUGGCAGGAUGAUUUUUUUCCAUCCACAUUAAAUAAUUCGUCAUCAUCUGCCACCAGUAAUACCAAUGCUACUUUACCACAUACCGCAGGAAAACCAAUUAUGUUUACUUAUAAACCCCGGAUCUAUAAGAUAUUUCUUUUAGCCAAUAUGUUGGCAUUUUCCACGUCGAUUCACAUGAUCUUCACGCUGACCGGAGGUUUCCCUAUGCGGAAUGAGUUGCGUGUUGCAGUUGGUGCACUUUUGUUAUCCCACGUUGCUGGCCUGGCUGGAAUCAACCUAGGCCCAGAUUCAGAUAUAGCUCCUGAGGUUCUUUGUACAAUAGCAAUAGUUGGGUUGAUUAUAAUCUGGUUGUUGAGAUGUUAUCAGGAAUUAUCUAAGAAAAUCCGCUACCACAGGCAAGAAAGGGUUUAAACCAGUACAAUGGAUUUUAGAAAAGAUUUGAAUGCUUGAAGUCAUGAACAGUGGGUGCUGUUAUUUUCUUUCAUAUUGUUUGAGUAGCAUUAUUAUGAAUGUAACUGUUUAUCUUGUGUUGUAGUUUAUUUUUAAUUUUUAAUUUUAAUAAUAUACCUACUUUAAUCGAA